AUGCAAAAUGAGCGGAGCCCUGGGGUUCUUGGCGGUCUUCUGCUUCCGGACAGCUGCAUCCCAUCGAGUCUCACCGUGCAGCACGCGGCAUCACGUCCUGCGCAGAGGACAGGGCCAGGUUUGCCACCAUCUUCACACCAAAUCCCGAAUGUUACUGAAGAGGACAUUUUCUUCUCAUCAUUGGAAAACGCCAGUGACGCACAAGCGGUGGCACAGGGCAAACAAGAGGCAUCCUUGCCGCACAGGCGUUCCCAGCACCCAGGUUUUCAGCUAAACACCAAACUUCUCCCAAAUGCUCGAGGUCGGUGUCAGGCCUGGGGGCUGGUCUGGGGCUAA